UGCACUGAGGACAUGCGUCUCCUGCCCGUGGCUUCACUCCUCAUGAGCUUGUGGUUGGUGGAGAGGAGCCACUGCAACAGCAGCUUCCAGGACAGCAUGCGAGAGCUCCACGACAGGUUCGCCAUCGGCCUGUACCAGACGCUCACCAAGACGGAGAACAGCUCCAACCUCAUCCUGUCCCCCGUCAGCGUCUCCUUGUCCCUGGCCCUGCUGCAGCUGGGUGCCAGGGGCAGCACGCGCUCUCAGCUGGAGGGAACGCUGGGAUACAACGUGAACGACGCUCGGGUCCGAGACUUCCUGCUGCGCUCGCAGGGUGUGAACAGCAGCAGCCAGGGCCUGUGGCUGCAGCAGACCUCCACCCUCUUCAUCCAGGGCGGUGUCCAGCUCCGCAGCGAGUUCACGCAGCACGCAGCCGCCUGGGCCCACACCAGCGUGGAGCGAGCCACCUUCAGCCAUUCCUCUCACAGCCAAGCCAAGCAAGCCGGACACAAACAUGAUGAGUCGUGGCCCCCCCAGUCAGGGGGCAGCAGCAACGAGCUGUCGGGCUCGGGGGAGGCCCAGGCAGAGACCCUGUGGGGGGGCAGCGGGCUGCAGGUGGCGCUGGUCGACACGGUGGCGUUCAGGGGCGUGUGGCACAAACCGUUUCUGUUCACCAACACGCACAGCCUGCCGUUCAGCCUCCCGGACGGCAGCACCGUGAACGUUCCCAUGAUGCACCAGGCUGCGGAGGUCGGCUUCGGUCAGUUCAGAACAACAGAGCAGCUGUACACGGUGCUGGAGCUGCCGUACCUGGGCCGCGCCCUGAACCUGCAGGUGGUCCUGCCCGGGGACAGGAAGACCCCACUGGGUUCCCUGGAGGCCCAGCUCGCUGCACGGCACCUGGCUGCCUGGGCCGCGGGCCUGCGCAGGACCAAGAUGGACAUCUUCCUGCCCAGGUGA